UUGGUGAAGGCUCCCGCAGCUCCGAGUUUGGGAAAGGGAGAACCUGGUGUGUUGCCCUGUAACCUGCUGCCAGGAGCUGUGAGGGGAGCGGGGCGAGCUUGUUAUCCGCCAUGGAUGCAGUGACCUAUGAGGAUGUGCAUGUGAACUUCACUCAUGAAGAGUGGGCUUUGCUGGAUCCUUCCCAGAAGAGUCUCUACAAAGAUGUGAUGCUGGAAACCUACUGGAACCUCACUUGUAUAGGUUACAAAUGGGAAGACCAUAAUAUUGAAGAACAUUAUCAGUGCUGUAGAAGAAUUGGAAGGUGUGUCAUCUGUCACUCUGGACACAAUCCAUGUGAGCAUAAGGGAUAUGGAAAGAAGCAUUGUAGUUCUGUCUCUCUCAGAACAAGUGGAAGGUAUAUGGUAGUCCUCACUAUGAGAAGACAUGAUGACUGUGAUACAAGUUUACAAUUAACUGGUUUUCCAACUUCAGUGGAAAUUCAUCAACAAACUUCCAUUGGAGAAAAACCUUAUGAGUACCAGGAAUAUGGAAAUUCAUCUCUCUCUUCUGGUUCACUGUGUACAUGUAGUGUAGCUCUCAGUACAAGAAAAUGUUAUAAAUACAAUCAGUGUGGUCCAACUCUGAGUUCUUCAAGUUCUCUUCAAGGAUGUGAAAAAACUCAUAUGUUAAGAGAAAAUAAUAAAUGUGAGUCAUCUACCAAAGGCUUUAGCCAUUACAGGCAUCUUCAAACACACCAAACACCCAAUCAUGAAGAGAAUCUAUAUGAAUGUAAUCAAUGUGAUAAAGUCUUUAGAUGUGAUUGGUCCUUAAAACACCAAAGAACUCAUUUUGAAGGAAAACCCUGUGAGUAUAAUCAAAGAUAUGAAGGCUUUGCAUGUCACAGUCUUCAUCAAGUACAUAGAAUUCAAACUAGGGAGAAAAGGUAUGAAUCUCAGCAAUGUGAUAAAGCCUUUGCAUGUCCCAUAAUACAUAAUAGAAGUUACACUGGAGAGAAACCCUAUGAAUGUAAUCAAUGUGGUAAAGCCUUUGCAGAGAACAGAAGCCUUCAUAGUCAUGUAAGGUUUCAUACUGGAGAGAAACCCUAUAAAUGCAAUCAGUGUGGUAAAACCUUUAGAGGGAAGAAUAGCCUUCUCAGUCAUGAAAGAAUUCAUACUGGAGAGAAACCCUAUGAAUGUCAUGAAUGUGGUAAAGCUUUUGCACAAAAGAGUUAUCUUCUCAGUCAUGAAAGAAUUCAUACUGGAGAGAAACCUUAUGCAUGUAAUCAAUGUGGUAAAGCCUUUCCAUAUAAUAGUCGUCUUCUCACUCACUUAAAAACUCAUACUGGAGAGAAACCCUAUGAAUGUAAUCAAUGUGGCAAACGCUUUAUACACAAGAGUCAUCUUCUCAGUCAUGAAAGAAUUCAUACUGGAGAGAAACCCUAUGAAUGUAAUCAAUGUGGUAAAGCCUUUGCAUUGAAGAGUCAUCUUCUCAGUCAUGAAAGAAUUCAUAAUGGUGAGAAACCCUAUGAAUGUAAUCAGUGUGGUAAAAUCUUUGCACAGACAAGUCAUCUUCAUAGACAUAAAAGUCUUCAUACUGGAGAGAAACCCUAUGAAUGUAUUCAAUGUGGUAAAGCCUUUGCACAGAAGGUUAGUCUUCAAAGUCAUGAAAGGACUCAUAAUGGAGAGAAACCCUAUGAAUGUAAUCAAUGUGGUAAAGCCUUUGCAGAGAAGAGUCAUCUUCACAGUCAUGAAAGAAUUCAUAAUGGUGAGAAACCCUAUGAAUGUAAUCAAUGUGGUAAAGCCUUUGCACAGAGGAGUCAUCUUCACAGUCAUGAAAGAAUUCAUAAUGGUGAGAAACCCUAUGAAUGUAAUCAAUGUGGUAAAGCUUUUGCACAGAAGAGUCAUCUUCUCAGUCACGUAAGAAUACAUACUGGAGAGAAACCCUAUGAAUGUAAUCAGUGUGGUAAAGCCUUUGCAGAGAAGAGAAAUCUUCACAGCCAUGAAAUAAUUCAUACUGGAGAGAAACCCUAUGAAUGUAAUCAAUGUGGUAAAGCCUUUGCAGAGAAGAGAAAUCUUCACAGACAUGAAAUAAUUCAUACUGGAGAGAAACCCUAUGAAUGUAAUGAAUGUGGUAAAACCUUUGCACAGAAGAGUCAUCUCCAUGCUCAUGCAAGUCUUCAUACUGGAGAGAAACCCUAUGAAUGUAAUCAAUGUGGUAAAGCCUUUGCACAGAAGAGUCAUCUUCUCAGUCAUGAAAGAAUUCAUACUGGAGAGAAACCCUAUGAAUGUAAUCAAUGUGGUAAAGCCUUUGCAGAGAAGAGAAAUCUUCGCGGACAUGAAAUAAUUCAUUCUGGAGAGAAACCCUAUGAAUGUAAUGAAUGUGGUAAAGCCUUUGCAGAGAAGAGAAAUCUUCACAGACAUGAAAUAAUUCAUACUGGAGAGAAACCCUAUGAAUGUAAUGAAUGUGGUAAAACCUUUGCACGGAAGAGCCAUCUUCACAGUCAUGAAAAAAUUCAUACUGGACAGUACCAAAUGGAUGUAAUCAUGUGGUAAUUUCAGAUGUGAUCUUCCAUGUGGGUGCUGGAAACUGAAUGUCUACAAGACGUACCUGUGAGAGUCCAUCUUCAAGGGGGUUCAGGUUGCUAAGAGGAGAUGGGGCAUUAGCAAAGGAAGGAGACCGCCAUGAUCUUAGCGUGAAUCAGCAUGGCUGCUGCUUUAUUUAAAAGGACUAUAACCUCUAUACUAUAUAACUGAAUCUCAAUUUAGACUAAAGCAAGGUUAAAAACAGACUUGAUGAUUCCAGGCUAAAAGCAGCUAUCAACCUCAUCACAGCAUUUUUUUCUGAGGCAAAAGUGAUAAA